AGUGUAGCGCGCAGAACACUGAUCUGGAGUCAGUGCUGUCGUCCAUGAUGGCGCCGCUGGGCAGCGAUGAAGACUCACCAUUACAAAGGACCCUGUCAUCUUUAUAACACCGACAGACACAAGCACAUGAACCGAUGACAGGAGCUUCGCUACACAGCCGAAAGAAUAGCAAGCGUGUGGACACAACCCCAGGACCAAGGUCGUCCGUCAGGAUCAUGGAAGAGCAUGACCCUCUCACAGAGGCAGUCAUGCUCUUUGAAGACGAGGAAGAGGACAGACUGAGCGGAGAGGAGGAAGACGAGGAUAAGAUCGCUCAUUUCGACAAAGAUGACGGCAUAAUAUCUGGCCCCUCGUCCUCCACCGGUAGGGUGUAUGAUCGCACCACCGUGCUCAUUGAGCAGGACCCCAUCCGUCUGGAUGAGGACGGCGAGGAGGACGAGAUGGGUUUUCUGCAGGACGGAGAGGGUGAGGGGGACGAGGGGUCCCUGGCUUACAUGGCUGACCCGGACGGCAUGUCACAGGGCUACAUUCAUCACACCAUCUCACAGGACCAGAUCCAGUUCAUUAUCAACCCCGGCUCCACCCCUAUGCCCCGAAACAUCGAGGGGGCCACGCUGACGCUACACUCCCAGUGCCCGGAGACCAAGCUGAGAGAGGUGAAGCGUUAUCAGUGCAUGUUCGAGGGCUGCACGCGCACCUACAGCACAGCAGGAAACCUGCGCACGCAUCAGAAGACGCACCGCGGUGAAUACACCUUUGUGUGCAACCAGCAGGGCUGCGGCAAAGCCUUUCUCACCUCAUACAGCCUGAAGAUCCACGUCCGUGUCCACACGAAAGAGAAACCCUUCGAGUGUGACGUUCAGGGCUGCGAGAAAGCCUUCAACACACUGUACAGACUGAAAGCACACCAGAGGCUCCACACUGGCAAGACGUUUAACUGUGAAUCAGAGGGAUGCACCAAAUACUUCACCACGCUCAGUGACCUGAGGAAACACAUCCGCACGCACACGGGAGAAAAGCCCUUCCGAUGUGACCAUGAUGGCUGUGGUAAAGCUUUCGCUGCUAGUCAUCACCUGAAGACUCAUGUGCGGACACACACCGGAGAGAAGCCAUUUCUCUGUACGAGCGAUGGCUGUGAGAAGACGUUCAGCUCUCCGUACAGCCUGAAGAGUCACAUUCGUGGUCAUGAUAAAGGUCCAGGAUUCACAGUGAGCGGCUCUCAUCCGCUCUCUGAGGACGCCAGUCAUUCGCUGUGCCUCAGUGAUCUGAGCCUCAUCUCCACAGACUCUGAACUCCAGGACACCCACAGCUCGCAGGGUUUGGAUCUGAACAGCGUCACUCCAAUAAGGAUCUUUGAGCUGAUGUUCCAGAGUCCUGAAAACAGCCAAGAUGACCCUAAAACCAGCGAUAACCUCGUGGAGUCUUUUGGUCUCGAGUCAUCCCCUCAGUCAGCCGUCUCGGACGCCUGCACACUUCCUCAGUCUACUUCAUCAACCUCAUCCUGUUCCAUCCCAGCUCCUCUUUUAGAGGCUCAAGCUCCGCCCACGACAUGCCCCUCUGUGCCGGCCCCUCCCACUGCUGCCAGCGGACCAUUAUUGACCACGCCUUUCCCCUCUGCCCAACCCACUUCAUCACACUCACCAGAAGUGCCCACCCCAUUGAUACCUUCAGUGGGCCAGCACUACACGGCUCAGAAGCCGGCUGUACCGGUGGCGACGACGGAGGCGGCACCUUUGCCUCCUGCCCCUCCCACCAUAACCCUCUCGCCCACUCUCGGCCUGCAGCAAAACAUCGUCAUGUCCGAUCACAACCUGCAGUGGAUCCUCAGCACUGCCCGAGGCACACAGCAAAAUCCUGAUCAACAGGGCUCAAAAGUGGAGAAGGUCUUUUUUACGACAGCCAUACCGGUCGGUGGACAUCCUGGGAGCGCGGUGCAGCAGAUCGGUCUGAGUCUACCGGUUAUCAUCAUAAAGCAGGAGGAGUCGUGUCAGUGUCAUUGUGCCUGCAGAGACUUGGCUAAAGACAGGAGCGCAUCACCUCCUCCUCCACCUCCUCCUCCACCACCACCACCAACCCUCCCUCAGACUCCUCCCUUGUGCUGCCCGUUAACGAAGGAGCCCAUCGAAGCCUCCGCGCCGGCGACAGCCAACCCCCCCACCGACGGCAUAGAUGUGUCAGACCUGCUCAGUCCGGUAACAACCCAAAACAUUGAGGUGCUGCUGAUGGUGGCCGACGAGCUCUCCAACAGCGCCACCCAGAGUACUCCGAGCUAGAACCCGCUGUGUACGGAUGGGUAGCUCGGUCAUCCGUGUAUGUGUGUGUGUGUUCUGGUGCACUUUUAAAGCGAGGGCAGUCAGAUGAAAAGAGGCUUCUACACUGGCAGCAUUGAGCCUCAGGAGAGUUCGACGAGCCCUUGUGCGGUGUGGAGGUGUUCAAAGGUUUUUGAAGGAUUGCAGAUGUGCACAGGAGAUGAUUGAUCAUCCAAAACAAACCCUACUUGAGUUUAUAACUUGAAACCCGUGAGAUUGAUGUGAGAAUGUUCUGCACAUGUGUCUAUCUGAGACUUCAUCGCCGCACAUUCAUCUGUUUUAUGACGUGUAAUUUAUUAGGAAGGCUGCAGUCAUUGACUUGUGGUGAAGGUUUUUGAAGUUCGUUGACCCACUUGCCUUUUAAAUGUAAUUCUGAGGUUUGUUUGGCUGCCUAUAACUUAGUAUUUAAUUUUUUAUAUGUUAAUUUAUUGAAAGACGUAAUCGUUAGAUAAAUGUUGCUCCCCCGUCACUAAAUGUCGAACACUUAUUUUCUCUCCUGACUCCAGUUUAUAUUCUUUAAGUGAAGCCAGAAAAGAACAUGCCCAAAUGGUUUAUAUUUUACUCCUAAAGCCAGACUUGGAUUUGGAAUUGUGACGUGAUGUUUGGGAUUUUUCAAGCACGUUUACCCUCUUCCUGCCCCCUGGUUUUGAAAUGAUGUACUGAAUUUAGAUUUAGAUUUUGAGGAUGAUGGGCAGUUUUUGCAUUCUGGUCCUGGAGAAUUGGGGCACCACAGAGGAUCAGCGUGCUUGAUGGUCCCGUCACACUCCACAGCCAAUCACUGACAUCUUCCUCUGAGCUCGUGGUUUCUCAUUGGUUGUUACAAAUCGGUAUAUUCCUGCACUUUUUUUCUUUGGUUUUAAACCGGCGUGAGUGUGGAUGCAAGUCGCUCAGGGAUACAGAGCAGUGCUUUAUUAUCAUGUUGUGUGUCAGCUGCGUUCAUUGGUUCCUGCUUGACGUGCAUUACCCAGCCACGCUUCAGCCGAACCGUUGAAUGACGCGUCACCUCAGUCACCUGCCACUGCUGUACAGAGGUUUUAAAGAGCGGGACAUCGUGUAAAUAAUGGCUUUGAAUUGUGACAUGUCUUAAGCCUUUAGAUUGUAUUUGAAUUUGUAUUUUUGUACAGAAAGAUGAGAAAUCAGAGAUUGACGCCCGUGCAUCUCAUGCACUUCUGCUUCUUCACAUGUAUGUCAUUUCCCACAUAGAAACACAGACAGACUGUUCACGUUAGACAAAACUUGCCUUACCCGGUAUUACCUGGGUUCUUUCAUGUCAACAAUAAUAUGUGACUUUCCACAUGUCAUGAAACCUGACGUCUCUCCUUGUCGGACAUUUGGCCUUAUGUGCCGUGCCAAAAACGAAUCCUUUUUUUAUUUACGGUACGUAAUGUCAGUAGGUCAUCGUGCAUCAAAACGUUUGGCUUUACAAUGACAGCAGAAUUGAAUAUAGUCCACUGCGAGUGUUCAUAUGCGGGUGCUGUGUGUGUACCUGAACAAAUGAACACUUCCUCUAUAAUGGAUCGUUAAUGAUGAAACUUUACAAGGAAAUGAUUGAAGAUUUACCCAAAAUUCACUUUAAGGAAAAUAUGUAACUAUGCAACAUCAUGGAACAUUGAAUACAGACAAGAGAACGAAGCACUAAACGCUGGACCUCCCUCCUCACAUGUUCUCACUUGUCAAUGCUCCUUUUUAACCAUAUGCAAGUCAUCACUAGAAAAAAAAGAUGAGUGUCUACAAGCCUGUUUUUGUUGCCAUCAUAAUGUUGCACACACGGUUUUGUUGCUUCGUAUCAUUUUACGAUGUGAAUCUGGGCAUUGCAAUGUUCUUUAUUUUCAUCCCUGUUCAACUUCUGCUUCUGUAGGUUGUACUUCACGGCACCCAUUAACACUUUUGGAUUUAUUGUAUAACACUCAGUUUUUAUUUU